AUGAAUUUGUUCUCAAAGUCACCUAAUUUUGUUCGGCAACUAUUUUGUACAAUAUCUAUACAACGAUUGGAAACAAUCAAUCAUCAUAUUCGUUUCAGUUCACAAUCUAGCAAAACAAUUGAUAAUAAUAAACAGCAAUCAGAAUAUCGUUUCACUUUACCAAAUGGAAAUUUAUCAAAUGAACAACGACAAUUCUAUGAGAAAAAUGGUUUUCUUCUUAUUCGUAAUUUAGUUAAACCCGAAUCGCUUGAUCAUUUUCGUAAACGUUUUCAAGAUGUAUGUUUAGGAAAAGUAAAAGUAUUAGGUAUGACAGUUAUGAAAGAUGUUGCAAUAGCUAAAUCUGAAUUUGCUGAUGGUGAAAAAGCAAUAACAAAAAUUCAAGAUUUCACAUUAGAUGAUGAACUUUUUAAAUAUUGUUGUUUACCUGAAAUUGUUAAAUAUGUAGAAAAUUUUACUGGUCCAAAUAUAAUGGCUAUGCAUACAAUGUUAAUUAAUAAACCACCUGAUCCAGGUACUCAAUCAUCUCGACAUCCACUUCAUCAAGAUCUUUAUUAUUUUCCAUUUCGACCUGUUGAUCGUAUUGUUUGUGCAUGGACAGCUAUGGAAAAAAUUAAUCGUCAAAAUGGAUGUCUUGUUGUUUUACCUGGAUCACAUACUGGUGAACUUAAAGAACAUGGUUAUCCUGAUUGGAAAGGUGGAGUAAAUAAAAUGUAUCAUGGAAUACAACAAUUUGAUCCAGAUACAAAAAGAGCACAUUUAGAAAUGGAAACAGGUGAUACUGUUUUUUUUCAUCCAUUACUUAUUCAUGGUAGUGGAACGAAUAGAUCACCUGGAUUUCGAAAAGCUAUUUCAUGUCAUUAUGCUGAUUCAGCCUGUGAAUAUAUUGAAGUUGAAAAUAGUGUACAAGAUUAUAUUUCUAAAGAAAUCACAGCGAUUUUUCGAAAAAAAACAGGCAUUGAAAAUGCACGUUUCGAAGAUGUUUGGAAAAUUAAAAGUCGACUUGUACAAGGUGAACGAAUCAAUUUAUAG